GAAAUCAAUUACAAAGAUUUGAUUUCGCUGUAAACAUAUAAGGUGCUAUAUAAGUUAAAUUGUUAUUAUAGUGUAUUAAGAAUUUAAUACGUUUUUCUUUUUAAAGAUUCAAAAGUGUUGUAUAAUUUUUAAAGAAAAUAUAUCACUAUGAUGUUUGUAAAAGAAGGGUUAUUCUGUGUCAUUCUAUUCACAUGGAUAUUCCAAAUCCAAGGUCGCCCGCAAGGGGACUCCGCGAUUAAAGCCUCAGAAAAACCAGAACCAUACGAAUACCAAUACAAAGUGGAAGAUAAACCAAGUGGAAAUUACUAUGGACAAAACGAAGUUGGAAAAGAGACAGGUCGCAUAGAAGGAUCGUACUUUGUAUAUCUUCCGGAUGGUAGACUCAUGACGGUCACGUACUACGUUGAUGGAGAAAGUGGUUUUGUACCAAAAAUUACCUUCCAAGAUAAUGCUAGUCCAUUUGGAAAUAGUGAAUCAAAUUCUAUUCAGAGAAGAUAAAACAAUUUAAUAAGUAAUUUGUAUUUUUAAAUUUAAAUAUUUUCUAUAAUAAACAAAUUUAAAAAAAGUCAUAUAAAAUAUAUGAAUAGAUAUAAACGACAAAACUAUAUAUUA